GACCGAGAUGUCCUUCAUAUAAACCGGUGACAAAGUGUCGAGCGGCAGCUACAAGAGAUCACAGCGCUGCACGCAGAGAGAGAGAGAGAGAGAGAGAGAGAGAGAGAGAGAGAGAGAGAGAGAGAGAGAGAGAGAGAGAGGGGAGGACACCGGAGUACCCAGAACAGCCAGCUGGAUUUACAACACAACACACCGGAGAGACAGAGGAAACUAAUCCACAUCCCGGAGCAUCUUGAAACCACCGACAGACUUGUUUUUUGCAGCUGCAGAGAUGGCCGUCACCUCUCACCUCCUGCUGUUGAUCUGUACAUAUUUGGCUGCUGAGCUGAUGGGCGGAGCCCGCUCAGAGGGGGUGUGUCUUCAGGAUGGAAAGCACAAGGCCACACCCGGCCCGGAGCCCCACCUGAGGGAGUGUGGGCUGUACGCUGACAAUAGCUGCUGCACGGAUGAAAACAUCCAGGAUAUCUCUCAUGUUCCCGCCGAUACCAACAAGAAUGAACCCUGGGACAAGUGUGGAUCCCUGAGCUCUCAGUGUGAAGGCUUCCUGAAGCGUGUGGCCUGCUUUUACCGCUGCUCCCCCGACGCUGCACGCUGGCCCCACCCCCACCGCCGCUCCUACAUUCAGGCCGUGCCGCUCUGCCACAGCUUCUGCCGUGACUGGUUUGACGCCUGCAGGAUGGACAUGACGUGUGCUCGUAACUGGGCCAGAGACCCCAGAGGACAGAACUGCACCGGAAACUGUGUCCAGUACCAGCAGAUGUACCAGCACGGCAGGGACCUCUGCGAGAGCCUGUGGGGGGACGCCUUCAUGACGGUGGAGGAUGAGACGGAGGAGGUCGGAGCGGAGGGCGGCGGCGGUCGUCCCUGCGGCUGCCUGACCCUGAGCCCCUCGGACAAAGACGUGAUCGCCGCCCUCAGAGCCCAGCAGGACGACCCCGAGGAGCUCGACACCACCAAGAGCGGCCUGCCUCAGUACCGCGCGCCAUGCCAGACCAAGCUGCCCCUGCCGGCCCGGAGCUACAGGAAGGGGAACUAUGUGCUGCGUAAGCGCUCCAUCAUGGUCGACGACGGGGAGGGGAGCGGCAGCGGCCUGCUGAGAUAGAUGGAAAACAUUUAGAGAUUGUUGUCUAGAACUUCUCUGUAGAGAUGUAGCCUCGCUCCGUUUACUAACCUUAGCACACAAACUGAUCUCUGAUUCUCCUCAUCGUCACGUCGUGUAUUCACACCUUCACUUUUAAAGCAGGACGUCAGGAAACCAGCUGAUUAUUCACCACAGUGUUGUUAUCAUUGUGUACCUGAAACAGUACUUAAGAUACCUUCCUCCUCUUCUUCCUCCUCCUCCUCCUCCUGUCCCUCCUAACCCUCCUCCUCCUCUUCCUCCUCCUCCUCCCCCUCCCCCUCCUCAUCUUCCUCCUCCUCCUCCUGUCCCUCCUAACCCUCCUCUACUUCCUCCUCUUCUUCCUCCUCCUCCUCCUCCUGUCCCUCCUAACCCUCCUCCUCCUCUACUUCCUCCUCCUCUUCCUCCUCCUCCUCCUCCUGUCCCUCCUAACCCUCCUCCUCCUCUUCCUCCUCCUCCUCCCCCUCCUCAUCUUCCUCCUCCUCCUCCUGUCCCUCCUAACCCUCCUCUACUUCCUCCUCCUCUUCCUCAUCCUCCUCCUCAUCUUCUUACUCUACUUGCUCCUCCUCCUCCUCCUCCUCUACUUCCUCCUCCUCUUCCUCAUCCUCCUCCUCAUCUUCUUACUCUACUUGCUCCUCCUCCUCCUCCUCCUCUUCUUCCUCCUCUACUUCCUCCUCCUCUUCCUCAUCCUCCUCCUCGUCUUGCUCCUCCUCUUCCUACUCCUCCUCUUCCUCAUCCUCCUCCUCGUCUUCCUCCUCCUCUUCCUCAUCCUCCUCUUCUUCCUCCUCUACUUCCUCCUCCUCCUCCCCCUCCUCUUCCUUCUCCUCCUCCUCUUCCUCCUCCUCUUCCUCAUCCUCCUCUUCUUCCUCCUCUACUUCCUCCUCCUCCUCCCCCUCCUCUUCCUUCUCCUCCUCCUCUUCCUCCUCCUCCUCUUCCUCCUCCUCGUAGACAUCUUUAAUCUGUGCAGUAGGCAGCUUUUUGAUUCUGUUGUGAUGCCGUGUCGUAUAAACUUCAAACAGGAAAUCACACCAGGAGACGGUCGGCUAGAGUCAUUAAAAUAUGAAUGUAACAAAAGGGAUGUUUCAUUAUAACGGCAAACGAUAGACGAGCUUCAAACCCCGAGAGGUGGUUCAGUGUCUGUUUCUUUUAUAAUCAUGUCCUGUGUUUCUGGAGUCAGGCUCUGUUAGACGUUGAUGUUUUGUAAAAAAAAAAAGAAGAAAAAAAAAGGGGAACUACUUUGUCUGGUUUGUUGUCACUUUGCUGAAAUAUGUGUUUCCGUGCUUUACUUUCAAAAUAAAGACGACCUUUCUAAAAGCC